AACGCCUACAGCUCCUGUGUGUGUGUGUGUGUGUUUUAAGGAACCGACUCUGUCUCCGGAGACUCAGUGUUGAGCUCGUGCUCUCACGCGCGGUAGAAGUGUAAUAUAUAUAUGUGAUAAAGCAGUUGCAUGAGCACCAGGUGAACACACACUAACUACUUCUUUAUUCUUCUUUUUUGUUUGUUUGUUUGUUUGUUUGCUCUGACUCUCUCCGCGCGCGCUGAUGGCGGAGUUUCACGGGAGUUUCGGGCUCUUGCAGCGCACGUGCGCGCUGUUGGUGGCCGCGUGCGUCAUCCACCUGUCCGUGGUGAUCGUCUUCUACAUGAGGAGCUUCGACAUAGUCGCGCGCAUCCCGCUGCCGCAGCACGAGCCCACCGGCGCCCGGGAGACCAGCGCGCGCAACCGCAGCGCACCGGACACACCGGAAGUGGAUGCGGAGAGAAAUCAAACCCUGCAGUACUGUCCCGAGACUCCUCCACGAUUAGAGGGGCCGCUGCAUGUGGACUUUUCCAGGCCGGUGAAGUUGGACGUGUUGAUGACGGACGCUCGUCUGUCUCUGGGUGGACACUACAGGCCGAGCGAGUGUGUGUCUCGGCAGAAGGUGGCGCUCAUCAUCCCGUUCAGAGACAGAGAGUUGCACCUCACAUACUGGCUCUUCUACAUGCACCCCAUUCUGCAGAGACAGCAGCUCGACUACGGCGUCUACGUCAUCGAGCAGAACGGUGACGAAACCUUUAACCGAGCGAAGCUGUUGAACGUGGGCUACGUGGAAGCUCUGAAGGAUUACCACUACGACUGUUUCGUCUUCAGCGACAUCGAUAUCAUCCCCAUAGACGACCGAAACCUCUACAAGUGCUACGACCAGCCGAGACACCUCUCUGUGGCCAUGGACAAAUUCGGCUUCAAUUUACCAUAUAAUCAUUAUUUCGGCGGUGUGUCGUCUCUAAGUAAAGAGCAAUACCUGAAGAUCAACGGCUUCUCGAAUAACUACUGGGGCUGGGGGGGUGAGGACGACGACAUCUACAACCGUUUGUUGCUUCAGGGAAUGUCCAUCACCCGACCCGAUCACAACAUCGGGAUGUGUAAGAUGAUUCGUCAUGUGAGAGACAAGCUGAACCAACCCAACCCUCAGAGGUUCACCCAAAUCUCCUACACGAGAGAGACGAUGGAGAAAGACGGCAUCAACUCGCUCAGCUACAGCGUGGUGAGCUGGGAGAAAAACAGACUGUACACCAAAAUCAUCGUGGACAUCGGAAAGCCUCCGCAUCUAUAAACCGCAAACGUUUACGUUUUUCUGGCCGCUUUAAGGAUCGCAGCAGCACGUUAACGAGUUCAUCACGGAGACGGAAUUAAAGAGCUGCACGUUUACAGCACGCCAGAAAGCGACACCACAUUUACCUGUACUUCUUUAUUAUUAUUAAUAUUUUUAUUUUUAUUAUAUUUGCCAGCUGAUCGAAUAAACCUCCCAGACAUUUCUUUCAACAUUCUCUUUAUUAAGUUUUUUACAUUGGCACAAAAUAUUCCAAUACAAAUUUUUCAGACAUUUCUAAGAGGAAGUGCUUGGAGCACACUGAGACGGUGAAGGUCUGGAGGUGGAGAGCGUGGUCACAGACGCAGCAGACCCACACCAAGCCAGCAGGAAAUACAGGCCGUGUGGCGUGUGCAUGUGGUGUCACAUUACACCCUGAUUACGCCUGGAUGCUGAUGAAGUCGGUGGGCGUGGCCACGCCAAACAUACCGGAACGGUUAGGGCUCCGUCACAGGACCAGAACGACCUGAAGGACUGCGUGUCAUCAGUCAGCAUGUGCAGGCUCAGGGACAGACGAGUACAUACACAGUGGAAACUAUUUCCUAUAAAUACAGCAAACGUGUGUGUGUGUGUGUGUGUGUGAGAGACCAUUAGGCAUGUUCUGAUAAUCAUAUCGUAAUAUUCUCCACACUACAGAAUGCUCCGAUUGCAGGUGACACUAUGCAACUUAAGCCUAUUAGAUUAUUAGUAAUGUAUUAAAAAUAUAUCCUGAUAAUAUCAUAAACUGUGAUUUAAAAAAGGUGUAAAAACACAAUAUCAGCACAUGCCUAGUGCUCACACUGAUUUCGGACCAGUUUGUUUUAAGGUGGACUUUCUUUUUUUUUUUUUUUUGUCAAACUGUUCCUUUAAACUGACCUGAGGAUCAAAAAGGCACUUUAAAUACAUUCACGCAGGGAUUUGAACCCACAACCUUCCACUCAGUGAUGUCCAAGCUGUAAGCACCUGUCACUGGUUACACGCACAAAGCUCAUCUCAACACUGCUUCACAGAUCUGUGACUUUGGGAUCUGAGCUCACAACCCUCCUGGACACCAGCAAAGAACCAUGGCCACCACUCACCACUACAAAAAGACUUAAUCCAAUCUGAACAGUGUCUUUCUGACCACACUGGGCUUUGAACCCACAACCGUCUGGUCACUAAUACAGCGUCAUUCAGUUCAGCUCUUCAGCCAGGCAUCUUUAUAGUGGAAGUGGAAUGAAGUCUUUCCUUUUGAGCUCACUGUGGAUUAAGGGCCUUUCAGUGGCUCUCUGCCAGUGUUGGGGUUUGAAAUCACAACCUUCUGGUCAUUACAACAGAGCCAUAAUUUUUGAAAAAAACACCCAAAGCAGAGCUGUUAUGGGUUAAGGAUCUUCACUUAGGGAGCCUGUGUUGCCUCUCUGUCAGGGCUGGGAUUUGAACUUACAACCUUCUGAUCACUUGAACAGAGCCUUAAUUUUAAAAAGUUUUUACAAGGUUUAUGGGUUAAAGGCUCUUUGUCAGUGCUGGGAUUUGAACUCGCACUAGAACAGAGCUUUACUUCAGUCAGAAUGCUGAGCUGAUUAUUAUGAUAAUUACAGGUUAAAAGCCUUUUCUUUGGGGACCAAAAAUGGUUCUCUGUCGGUGAUGGGAUUUGAACUCACAACCUUGUGAUGACCAGCACUUUUUAUUUCUACCACAUGGAUACACAGAUAUACAUUAAAAGGGAACAAUCGUGUGUUUUUCUAUGCAAUGUGAUAAUCUGAGCAAUACGGUUUGAGUCACAUGACCUGCUGUAUCGGGAUUAAAGGUGAAAUAAAGCACUAAUAAAGCAGA